AUGAGUUUCUUCAGAUCCGGUUCGGCUCAAGUCCUGAGGCGGCGCAGCCUGGCCCCAAGGCAGCAACUGAGAAGUCUCACCACUCACACGCUCAACACCGGCGCAAAGAUACCCGCCAUCGGCUUCGGGACCUUCCAAGAUGCAGACGCCCAGGAGGGCGCCGUAAAGACGGCGUUGCAGUGUAGCUAUCGCCAUAUCGAUACCGCCAGAGUGUACGACACGGAGGUGCAGGUAGGAAAGGGCAUCAAGGCCAGCGGCGUUCCCCGCAAAGACGUCUUCCUUACUACCAAGCUGUGGUGCAACUCGUACCACCCGGACGACGUGGAGCCCGCGCUCGAUGCCUCCCUCAAGGACCUCGACACGCCGUACGUGGACCUGUUUCUGAUGCACUACCCCUGCACAUUUGCGCGCGGGGAGGACCGCUUCCCGAAGGACGCGUCAGGCAAGAUGAUAAUGGGCAAGACGACGUUUCUCGAUACCUGGAAGGCGAUGGAGGCGCUGCUGAAGACGGGCAAGACCAGGGCGAUCGGGGUGUCCAACUUUAGCAAGGACGAGGUGCAGACGCUCCUUGACAAGGGGUCUGUGGCGCCCGCGGUUCAUCAGAUGGAACUCCAUCCCUACCUCCAGCAACGCGAGUUCGUAGACUGGCAGCGUGCGAACGGCAUCCACAUGAUCCAUUUCAGCCCGCUGGGAAAUGAGAACUCGUUCUACCGGGAGGUGUCGUGGAGCAAGAAGGAAUCGCACAUGCAUCGCCUCAUCGAACAUCCCGUCCUCGCGGAGGUGGCGAAGAAGCACGGCAAGACGCCGGUGCAGGUGGCUCUCGCGUGGGGCGUCAACAGCGGCAGGUCCGUCAUUCCCAAGAGCGUGAUUGAGUGGCAGAUCAAGGAGAACCUCAAGUCGGACUUUGCGCUCGACGCCGAGGACAUGGAUAAGAUUGCGACGAUGGACUUGAAGGCUAGGUUUAACGUUCCCUCUGAAGAGUAUCGCUGGCCGUUGUACAAGGGACUAGAUGGGGUGUAA